UGACUUGUACUUUGUAGACAAUUUUCCCAAUAAAAUUUUUUUCCAAGCUGCAAAAACUCCUCUUCUGAGAAGUAUCCGGAAUUUGAUGGUUGAUUAAAAUUUUAUUUGUGACACUUCUGGAUUCAUUUAGGCACUUAUCGUAUUUUGGAUCGUAUCGUAAAAUUAAGCCCAUCAAAAAACAGUUGUGUUAAUCAUCAAAACAGUAAUGAUCCGUUUCAUACUCAUUCAAAACCGAGCUGGCAAAACUCGACUUGCUAAAUGGUACAUGAAUUUUGAUGAUGAUGAAAAGCAAAAAUUAAUUGAAGAAGUUCAUGCUGUUGUUACAGUUAGGGAUGCUAAGCAUACCAACUUUGUUGAGUUUCGUAAUUUUAAAAUAGUCUAUCGUCGUUAUGCCGGUCUUUACUUUUGUAUCUGUGUGGAUGUCUCGGAUAACAAUCUCGCUUAUCUUGAAGCUAUUCACAAUUUCGUCGAGGUUCUCAAUGAAUAUUUCCACAAUGUAUGCGAACUUGAUCUUGUUUUCAAUUUCUACAAGGUAUACAGCGUUGUUGAUGAAAUGUUUCUUGCCGGUGAAAUAAGAGAGACUAGUCAGUCUAAAGUGUUAAAACAGCUUCUCAUCUACAAUUCGUUAGAAUAAUUUUACAGUAACUUAUGUAGAAAAUUAUGCUGCAACAAAUUAUGUUUGAAAACUGUGUGUAACUCUCUGCUAAAUAAAAUGAAACAAAAUUUUCUAAUAUAA